AGGCAGAGAACCUCUCACCUCCUGUUCUCCAGACCAGGACGAGACACGCAGACACAGGCUGUGCUGAAACAAUGAAGAUGAUGACUUUCUUUCAGACAACCUUAAGUGACCGGCUAAACUCUUCUAUGCCACCCCAACAUAAGUCUGAGUCCAGCCCUCCUGGCAGAAAGCCAUCUGCAAUGUCAGAGACAGAAUCUGACACGACUUCACUGACCUCCUCCGAGGAUUUCUCUCCCCAUAAGGAGGGGGGCUCAACCCCAUACAAUGAAGAGGAGAAGAAGAAAAAGAAAGGAAUGAGAAAGAUGCUUGAUGUGUUUACCAAAGGGAUAAGAAGGAAGAGUCAUCCAAGCUCCGCUGCUGAAGUGCCAGAGAUGGAGGUUAAGCCCGACGCCCCACCCCCUACAGUGGAAGAGCUCUACUCAGCACUAAAACAGGGGCGGCUGGAGAUGGCGCAUCACCUCCUGCCACUGGAACGGGCACUGGGACAGGACACAACUGGCAUGAAUGAGGAGGAUCUAAUCUGUCAGCAAAGCAAGGUGGAAGCUCUCUAUACCCUGCUACGGGAAGCUGUGCUGCAUGUGGUUCGCCGGCCUCUGGAGAACGAGCCGGGGCUGCUGCUCCAGGCCCUGAACAUCAUCCUGGAGCAGGAGCAAGAGGACCAAAGAGUAGCGGCCGAGGUAAGGGAACCCCCAGUCCUGGCAAACACCCGGCCCCGGUGUUGGCUCAAGCUAUGGCAAGAGAGUGUGAAAGACUCUGUGGAGGAGCGGAUGACUCGCCCCAGCUCCACAACCCUGGAUGGAGCCAGGCCCGAAGGCAUGGAGGCCGGCUCGGAGGCUGCCCAGAGCUUCCUGCACAUGGGCAAGACAAUGAAGGAAGACCUGCUGGCCGUAGCCCAGCACCUCCAGCCCCUCUACCCAGCCCAGUUCAAUGUGUUCCGGACCUAUGCCAAGUGCUAUCAUAACUACUUCUCAGCCCAACUCAACUCCAUGGUUCAGUUUGAGCUUAAUGAGCAAGACACCUCUCUCCUGCUUCUCUGGGUGCAGAACCUCUACCCAAAUGAAAUUAUCAACAAUCCCAAGCUAUCAGGAGAGCUUCAAAGAGCUGACUUGGGAAGUCUCCUUCCACCCAAAGAGAUCUGCAAGCUGGAAGUCAAUUUCCUAUCUAAUGAGGCGGCAAAUGUCCAGGAAUUGAUGCUGCGGGGGCUGCAGCUAGAAGUGAAGAGAUGGUCAAAGGACAAGGAGCCCAUGAAUCUAGAAGGGCACUUCCACAGCGAGCUCCCAAUUGACAUCAUCCAGAUUAUUGCUGGGGCACAAGUCAAGGCUGAGAACAUCUCAAUGGCCCUGGGCAAACAGAUAAAACCGCUGUUGCUGGCUAAGCUCUCCUCCUUCCUGAAAAGCUACCAUCGAGCCUUUGCAGACUUUGUGGAGAAAAACAAACAACAGACACAUUAUAGAGCCACCAUCAUGGCCAACAUCAACAACUGCCUGACUUUCAGGACCCACAUUGACAAGGAUUCAAAGGCUCUAGAGAAGGAACCCUGCGGCUACAUCUUUCACCCGCUGUGUGAAAUUGAGCAAAGCAGUUUCAAUAUUCUGCUCCAGGACCUGUUUGUGGAACUAAAGCCUCUGUUCAAGAGACUGACACAGACUCGCUGGGCCGCUCAUGAGGAAACGGUGGCAGAAAUCAUUAAGAUCACCAGGAACUGUCUGCCAGAAUUCAAGGCUCUAAGAAAACGGUACCAAGAGGACAUCAUGGAAGCUAUCCACCUAUUCCUGGUGAAGGAAUACAUCAUCCGGCUCAGCAAGAAGCGGCUAGUGCUGAGGACCGCUGACCUUCAGCUAAACCUGGCCCAGCAGAUCAUGAUGGAUGCCAAGAAUAUCCAGUGCUUCUGUGCCCAGAAUGAAUCUCCUGCAACUUGGCUAGAACCAGCCCUCCCUACCCUGGCAGAAAUCAUUCGUCUCCAGGAUACGAGUGCCAUCAAGAUUGAGGUGGCAACGUUUGCCAGUCAUUUCCCAGACUUCAGCAAAGGACAUUUGGGAGCCAUCCUGACUAUCAAGGGCAACCUGAGCAACAGUGAGAUCAAAGGCAUCAAAAGCAUCUUGGACGUUAGCACUUCGUUGACAGAUUCCUCCAAGUCCUUAUUUUCACUUAUAAAGGAUCCUCCUCGUUCCCAUGAGAUGGUCCACAGCAGGCGUGGUGUGAACCAGGGCUGGACCAAGACCCUCUUGAGCCUGACUCUGAUACCCUCCCGCCUGGGAGCAGCCUGCUGAGCGGGGCCAAAGAGCAGGAUUGGAAAUGGAAUCCCUCAAAGUCCUAUGCUGGGGGACCUAGGCUCUCUGCUCUUAGCAGAGAGGUCCAGCCUCUUCCCUCUGGACCUCCACUUGAACCUCUUGGAGAUCACAUAUUUGCUCUCACUCACUCCCCACUAGAGCUGUGCCCACUGGUACCUUUCCAGACACAAAUGUGCACACAUCUGGGCUGUACUUCUCCUUUCUCUAUCCCUCCAGGAAGCCAAAAGAGCUGGCUCUGAGAGGGGUCUCUGGGCCACAGCUCUCGGAACUCUCUCCCUUCCAUCCCUUAGUGACCAGUACUGCCAUGUCUGGGGCAAGGGCCCAGGGUUGCUCUGUCUCCCUUUUGGGUCCGGGGCCCCAGCCUGAUGUAAAUUGUGUAAAUUGUAGAAAACAUUUUGUCUAUAUGUCUUUGUAUCUGAGAUUUGUACUUGAGUUUUUAUAGUUUGAUAUUAAAAGUUUUG